GGACGGCGAGCGGCGAGCGGCGAGAGGCAGCGGAGCAGAGUCAGUCAGAGCAGGGCGGCGGAUUCGAGCUUUCCGAGGAGGGAGAUGGCAGGCAUGGGCGAUAUGCAGAUGAGGCCGCGGCCGGGCCCGCCGAUGCACCGCGGCCCGCCUCCCAUGGCGCGGCCCCGCCCCCAACCCAUCGACCGCGAGAAGACCUGCCCUCUCCUGCUCCGGGUUUUCACCAAGGUUGGUGGCCAUCACCUAAAUGAAGAAUUUUCUGAGAGAGGGAAGGAGCCAAAAGAUGAAGUUCAGAUUUAUACGUGGAAGGAUGCCACACUCCGGGAGCUCACUGAUCUUGUCAAAGAGGUUGCUCUUCCAGCAAGGAAAAGAAACGCUAGGUUAUCUUUUGCUUUUAUAUACCCGGAUAAGAAUGGUCGUUUUGUUGUCAAACAGGUGGGUUCGACCUUUUCUUAUGGUCAUGGAAGAGGGGAUGAUGCCAAAUCUCUUGGGGAUCUUGGCUUCCAGAUAGGUGAUUACUUGAGCGUGUCGAUCAUGUGAGCUGUGCCAUCUUGCAAAAUAGUGUGUCUGCUGCACACUAAGCAGAAUAGUUUUCCUGCUGCGCUAUUAUUAUCUUGAGCUGUGCGUGUGAGGGAUGAAGCUCUCCUUAGUGGUCGCCUCGUAGGGAACUGGAACCAGAACUGUCUGUAAUAGUGGCGACUUUUGAACUAGUAUUUGAGACUUGACACUCAGAGAUCUGAUGUGAUUGCUUGCUAUGUACCUGUU